UGUUUUUUUCUUGGAAUUUCUGCUUUCUGGCCGAACUGUCUGUGUUGAUUUGAGGCACAAGUUUGCACUUUGUGGUUUCUGUCUGGCUGGAUUUCUGGCUCUUGGAUUGCAGGAAUUUCAUAAAUCCCAGAUCCUCCUUUUUAUUUUGGUUUCUGUAUCCUUUACUUCAUUUAGGUCCUAAGGGGCAGCGUCUAGGAUAUUUGUUCUCUCUGGAUCUCGAGUUUUCGUUGACAUUUAGCUCCAAAUUUCGACGUUGAAAAUUUCACACGUGGAAUUAGAGGUUAUACGAACUUAUUUUUCUCCUACCCGGCGAAUUGGUUUGAACCUUCGGUGCGAUCUGAAGGACUCGUGAAGGAUUAGGGUUUUGGCGAUGGCUUCAAAUCCUCCAUUUCAUGUGGAGGAUCAGACCGAUGAGGAUUUCUUUGAUAAAUUGGUGGAGGACGAAGUGGAGCCUGUUAAGCCUGGCCAAAAUGAUGGGUAUGUUUCCGAUGAUGCGAAAUUAUUUGCAAAUAUGAGUAUCAGUGAUGCUGAUGCGGCAUUAGAGAAUUCGGACGCCAAGGAAGGUGGGCUUGGUGUCACAGGUGAACAUGGCAGUGCGAAAUUGGAUGAGGGAUUGGUAGGUGCCCAUUCCGAAGAGAAAAAUUCAUCGGUAUCCUCUAGUUCAGUUAUGUCUGAUAGCAGGAUCUCCACCAGUAACGAUGAGAUGGGAUCACAAUACACAUCGCCUUCAAAUGUAAAUAACAGCAACGGAAUCAUCAGUUCAGAGGUUAAGGAGAUAGGAUGGAAUUCAUUUCACGCUGAUUCGAAUGGAGGUAACGUGUUUGGUUUGGACUCUGACUUUUUUAAUGAAUUGGGAGUUAAAUCUGGAGACUUACCGGGGAAAGCAGAGAAAAAUUUAAAUACCGAGGUGAAACAUGGUUUUGAAGCUCAAAGUGAUGGCGUAAAUACUUCAUUCAAUCACAUGCAAUAUGAAGACGGCCAAGGUUAUAAUGCAUCUAUGGAACAAAAUACAAGUGGGCAUGAUCAAAGUAGCAGUCAAUGCUGGGAAGAUCUUUAUCCAGGUUGGAGGUAUGAUCACAACACCGGGCAGUGGUAUCAAGUGGAUGGCUAUAAUGCUACGUCAUCCGCUAAUGAGGGAAGUGUUGAAGCCAGUUCUGCUGUGAACUGGACUGCUGAAUCUAAUGGAACAGCAGAGGUUUCUUACAUGCAGCAAUCUGCUCAAUCAGUUGCUGGAACUUCAGCUGAAACUGGCUCAACAGAGAGUGUCUCCACCUGGGGUCAGGUUUCACAAGGGACUAAUGGAUACCCAGAACAUAUGAUCUUUGACCCUCAGUAUCCUGGUUGGUAUUAUGACACAAUCGCCCAAGAAUGGCGCUUGUUGGAGACCUACAAUUCACCCAUCCAAUCUACUUCUUGUGGACUUGAAAAUGGGCAUUCCUCGACCAGUACCUGGUCACAUGAUAAUAGUAGUUUCUAUGGAGAGCAGCAACAAGCGAGUGCUUACGAGUCACAGGUUGGUAGCCAGGCUGCCGGUGGCAGCUGGGGUGGUUCGUAUGGUAUCAAUGGUCAGCAAGGUCUAGGCACGUAUACGACUGAGACUGCCAGUAAAAGUGGGAAUAGUAUGAGUAUAAUUGGAAAUCAGCAAUUGAGUCAUGCUUACAGUUCAAUUUAUUCGACAGAGAACAAUCAAUUAAAUACUUCUAGUUCCUUGAGAUCAGUUUCAUUGAACAAGAAUGUAACCCAUAGUCGUGGUUUGUCUAAUGGAACUGUUGAACUCCAGAGCUUUGUCCCAAAUACAGAUAUUGUUCAGCAGUUCAAUCAUCCAAAUACAAAGUUUGAUGAGCAAAAAGAUUAUUCAGAUCAUUAUGCUGAAAGUCAGAUGCCCCCUACUUAUUCUCAGCAGUCAUACCAGGGUGGGCAUCACUUUUCUCAUGCCCCUCAUGUUGGAACACCAUCCGCUGGACGUCCUCCUCAUGCUCUUGUAACAUUUGGAUUUGGUGGAAAACUCAUUGUAAUGAAAGAUUCUAGUUUUUUGAGCUCAUCAUACGGAAGCCAGGAUACUGCACAAGGCUCUAUUUCUGUGUUGAACUUGAUGGAUGUUGUCAUGGGAAACACUGGUUCUACCAGCAUCGGUAAUGUUGCUGGUGAUUAUUUCCGUGCCCUGUGCCAGCAAUCUUUCCCAGGUCCAUUAGCUGGGGGAAGCGUUGGAAGUAAAGAACUGUACAAAUGGAUAGAUGAGAGGAUUGCACACUGUGAAUCGCCUGACAUGGAUUUCAAGAAAGGUGAAAGGCUGAGACUGCUCUUCUCCUUGCUUAAAAUAGCUUGUCAGCAUUAUGGGAAACUACGUUCUCCUUUUGGUACAGACGCUAUACUAAAAGAAAAUGAUACUCCGGAGUCAGCGUUGGCAAAACUCUUUGCAUCUGCCAAGACGAGUGGCACAGAGUUCUCUCAAUAUGGUGUGCUGAGCCACUGCUUGCAGAAUUUUCCUUCUGAAGGACAACUACGGGCAACGGCUUCUGAGGUGCAAAAUCUUCUUGUCUCUGGCAAAAAGAAGGAGGCAUUACAGUGUGCACAGGAAGGUCAAUUGUGGGGACCUGCUAUUGUUCUUGCCUCACAACUUGGUGAUCAGUUCUAUGUUGAUACGGUGAAGCAAAUGGCACUUUGCCAACUGGUUGCAGGGUCUCCGCUGCGUACAUUAUGCCUUCUAAUUGCGGGGCAACCAGCUGAAGUUUUCUCUGGUGACACCUCUGUUAGCGGGCGUCUUGGUGUUGCUAAUGUAUCUCAGCAUCCUGCACAGGUUGGAUCUAAUGGUAUGCUUGAUGAUUGGGAGGAGAAUCUGGCUGUAAUAACUGCAAACAGAACAAAAGAUGAUGAACUUGUAAUUGUUCAUCUUGGUGACUGCCUGUGGAGGGAAAGAAGUGAGAUUAUUGCUGCGCACAUCUGCUACUUAGUUGCUGAAGCCAACUUUGAGUCAUACUCAGACAGUGCAAGGUUGUGUUUGGUUGGAGCAGAUCACUGGAAAUUUCCCCGAACUUAUGCUAGUCCAGAGGCCAUCCAGAGGACCGAGUUAUAUGAAUAUUCAAAGGUGCUGGGAAACUCUCAGUUUAUUUUAGUUCCAUUUCAGCCGUAUAAGUUCAUAUAUGCAUACAUGCUAGCUGAAGUGGGGAAAGUUUCAGACUCUUUAAAAUAUUGCCAGGCAGUAUUGAAAUCCCUAAAAUUUAGCCGCGCACCGGAAGUAGAGAAUUGGAAACAAUUGGUAUUAUCUCUUGAGGAGAGGCUUAGAACCCACCAGCAAGGUGGAUAUGCUGCAAACUUGGCUCCUGCGAAAUUAGUGGGCAAAUUGUUAAACUUUUUUGAUAGUACUGCACAUAAGGUUGUUGGUGGUCCACCACCACUUGCUCCAACUUUAUCACAUGGAAGUGUUCUCGGAAGUGAACAACAUCACCAGCAUAUGGCGCCAAGAGUAUUCAAUAGCCAAUCAACAAUGGCCAUGUCAUCAUUAGUUCCAUCUGCUUCAAUGGAGCCAAUAAGUGAGUGGACAGCUGAUGGUAAUAAAAUGAUUAAGCCUAAUAGAAGCGUUUCAGAACCAGACUUUGGUAGGAGGCCUAGACAGGAAGCAGCCUCAGCUGAUGCAAGCAAAGCAUCAGUUUCAGGGGGUACAUCUCGCUUUUCUCGUUUUGGUUUUGGCUCACAGCUGUUCCAGAAGACAGUGGGGCUCCUGAGACCACGCCCUGGUCGGCAGGCUAAACUGGGUGAGGAGAACAAAUUUUAUUACGAUGAAAAGCUGAAGAGAUGGGUAGAGGAGGGUGCUGAACCUCCAGCUGAAGAAGCGGCACUGCCACCACCUCCAACUGCUGCUGCUUUCCAGAGUCCUAAAACUGAGUAUGACUUGAAAUCUGCAUUGAAGACGGAAGGAUCGCCCUCUAAUGAGGGUUCUGAUUUAAGAACUUCCACUCCUGAACAUACUCCAGGGAUUCCGCCAAUGCCACCUAGCUCAAAUCAAUUUUCUGCCCGUGGACGCAUGGGUGUUCGUUCAAGGUAUGUUGAUACCUUCAACCAAGGUGGGGGGACCUCUGCAAAUUUGUUUCAGUCUCCUUCUCUUCCAUCUGUCAAGCCUGCUAUUCCUACCAAUGCAAAAUUUUUCAUUCCUGCGCCAGCACCUUCGUCAAAUGAGCAGACAAUGGCGUCUGCAGCAGAAAGCAAUCAAGAAGAUAGUGCAGCUAAUGAUGAUCCAUCACCAUCUGUCGUGCAUGAUUCAUUUCAACCCCCCAUUAAUACAUCAAGGGCCAUGCAGAGGUUUCCUAGCUUGAAUAACAUCCGAAAUAAUGGUGUGGCGCCAAAUGGCACUGAUUCUCAAACCCCUCGUUCUCGUCGAACAGCCUCGUGGGGUGGUGUAAGUUUUGCUGGUUCUUUUAGCCCUCCAAAGGUUGGUGAAACUAGGCCUCUAGGGGAAGCUUUGGGGAUGAUGCCAUCAAGCUUUAUGCCAGAUGAGCCUUCAGUUCGCCAUAAUGGGAGCUUUGGCGUAGAUCUCCAUGAGGAUCAUCUUUAAACAGAUAAUACAGCUGUAAAUAUCAAAUUUUGCUUUAAUCACCGGAAUAGUUGAGACACCGCUUAUGCAUAUGAGCAUCGUGGGAUGCAUCAAGUGGAGUUCAUGAAGAAGCAGACGUCCUUUUUCCCCCCCUUCUGCCGCUCUUCUUCCACUUUUCAUUUCUUUUAUAUAUUUUGUCAAUUUUUUUGGGUCCUCAAGUCCUAAAUGGAAAUGUAUGAUUGAUUAUGGUUGGCUCACUUGAUGUUAGAUUUUGAAUUUUACAUGCCAAGGGAGUUGGGCCGCUCAUCUCAUGCUCAAGGAACUAGUGUUUACAGAAAAGGAGGGAUAGAGGGUCUGCUUAGGAGAGUAGUACAGUUCAUUUGUUCAUUUUAUUAAAAUUACACAAGGCCCCUCGAGGAGAGAAUAUGGCCUCAACAGAUCAAGGACAAAAGAUUAGUGUAUGAAAUUUUGAAAAAUAAAAGCUUGUACCUUUUGAAUCUGUCUCAUUUAUGAAAUUGAAUUUAAUUUAUCAAUUA